GGUCAGUCGGUUUGCAGGUAACGUGGAUAAUAAAUAUUCAAAUUGUUAAUCGAUUUAUGGCAUAAACCCCGCAUACGCAGCCAUUCGCUGUCACAGUCCGACCUAGACUCCGACAGGGAUACUUUGGCCGUGAAAUAUCGUUUCACGAACAGCACCGGGAAUUUGUAGCUGCCAAAGGGACAAAAAGGAACGACCAUGACGAUACUGAUGGAACGAAUUGGUCUCACCACCAAGGAUUUGAUGAUCAUAAAGACUCCAAUACCACUCAUUGUUUUAUCAAUUAUAUACCUGUACUUCGUUCUAAAAGCUGGACCAAAUUACAUGAAAGACAGGAAACCAUAUAGUUUGGCCAGGUUUAUCCAAUUGUACAACAUCUUUCAAAUAAUGGUAAAUACCCUAAUCGUGUACAAUAUAAUAGACCUGGGAAUGUAUAAAGAAUACUUCUUCAGCUGCAAAAUACCCACAUACGAAGAGGGCGUGUUGAACGAAAGGACGGAUAACUUGGAAUUGUCCAUAAUGUACCUGAAGGCUUUCGAUUACAUCGAAACAGUGUUAUUCGUGCUGAGAAAGAAGCAACGUCAAAUUUCGUUUCUGCACUUGUAUCAUCAUAUUACGACGGUACACUUUUCGUGGCUCAUGAUAAAAUAUUACAUACCUGGCAUAUACCUAUUGUUCGGCAUGAUCAAUUGCUCAGUACACGUAAUGAUGUACACCUACUAUUUUUUCUCGUCAUUUGGACCUUCAAUCCAAAAAAUAUUAAACCCGAUAAAGCCUAUAAUCACCACGAUACAAAUGGUAAGCAGACAGGUAUAGAAAUCAGAUCAAAAAAUGAAAAAUA